UUGUCUAGCGUUGUGGCCUAGUAUAAUUCAGGCCGCUACGCUGGACUAAUAGCGGACCUCGUGAGUGCGUUGGGACUUUCCCCGAAACCAAGCUGGGCCCAGCAGUGUGCCGCAAAACCCCCUGCGAUCACUGUCCCGUGUCGUACGCCUAGAAUACGGGCGGUCUCUGCUCACACCGGCCGUUCCAGUUUGUCGCGGCGUCGCCGGGCGCCCACAAACACUGCCCGAACCGCAGCGGUCGAAGUCGUGGGGCUGAGCAGAGGUACACCACCCUCUGAAAAGAGUCGCCCGACACGGCUGCGCGGUCUCUCCCGACCCUGGAUGGCACUUUGUAUUUGACGUCGAGCGCCGCACUGCGUUCCUACACGUGCGACCACUGCAAUAGUCUGCCAGCGACAAUGACAUCCUGCGUGGUGCAAGUUCAGGAGCUCUCACGCCGCCUGCUGAAGCGCAUGCGGCCGUCGCUGCCGGCCAGCUCUAGCGCCAGUGUGGAGGAUCUCGGUGUAAACCGCGACUCGGCCACGAGCGAGGCGCUUCUCAAGGUCUGCAAGCGCCAGAUCGAGUCAUCACCUCGUUCGUCAGCGCCCGCGAUGAUGGCCGUCGAGCCACUACAGGAAGAAAUCGUGGCGGCCACGCCCGUCAGCGAUGUCGCCGCCGGACAGUGGCCCAGCGUCACCGGCUGCGAGGGCGUGCGCAAAGCGCUCACGUUCCUACAGACCUCUCGCCAACACGCGCUCAUGCUUAUGCUGCAGAACCACUGGGAGCGUGCCGUGGGCGUGCUGGAAAAGAUCGAAAAGGCCACUGAAAGCGUCAGCGAGCAGCGCCGACAGGUCGUCAUCCAGCAGGCCAACGCCGGCCGCAACGUGCUCGUGGAGAAGAUUCAGGAGCUCGAGCUCACGGCCCCACGUCGCACCGUGCGCUUCAGCGACAACGUCGCCGUCGCCUUCGCCGAGGAAAUGGACCGCAAGUGCGACGAGGUGUCGGAACCUGUACGCGAAGAGAUGCUCGUGCUGCGCGCCUCCCGCAAGAUCCCGCACGAGAACCUCUCGGAGUUCUGGAACGAGUAAGUCCACGGCCGCAUGCAGGUGGAAGCACACAGGCGGAAGCACCGAGUGCCCUACAGACUCUUAUUUAGCAGAGCGGGCUGAUUGCUAGGCCCCCCGACAGGCAUACUAGACUCCUAACUUAUUCGGCAAAACACUAUUUAACGCAAUAACAUGCCAUCUUUAGAAACACUGCA